ACAGGGCUUAGUGGUCCCUAAAAGAAAAAAAAGUUUUUGUUUUUCAAAUUCUGAAUUGUGGUGUUUACUAAUUAAAUAAACAUCCUUAAGCCUUUCCAGUUUUGUACACACUGUAAACGUGAACGGUUUACUCACGGAAGGAAAUUCUUAUUAAGAAGUUUGGGUUGGAAAACAAUCAAUUUGAAAAACUUAAUUUAAAAAUGUUUUCCAUUGCUUUGUGUUAUUUUCCACCCUUCACUGCGACGCCAUGACUUCUAACGUAACCCGAGUCCCGAACAAACGAGGAGAUUUUUUUCUGGAGGGGGGAGAGUAAAAAGAACAAGAUGGCUGUCCCGGGACAAGAAAACUAUCUCCUUUUUUUCACAUAAACACAACACUUUAAUGCGGCGGACAAUUUAUUGGAAAUACUUACUUCUCUAACAACUUUAACUGCUGUAAAAGCAUCAUUUUGUAACUGAAGACGUCGUUUUUGGUUUUUUUGGUUUUUUUACGGGACUUUUCGGGAAGUUUUUAACGGUUUGGUGAGGGUGGAAACUGCUGCAGUUAGCUAUGAUGAGCAGGAUAUCGUUACUGAGGUGUCUUGACGUGACUUUUAGACACUCUGCAACGUUUUAUGUGUUUAGCUCAAUUGGUUGGUUAUUUGACUAACUCUGCAUUAUUUUUUAUUUGUAUUUUUUUUUAGACGUUUAGCGGUUUAGUAGUUAUCUCUGAAUGCUCCAGCCGCUAAAGGUUUUUGUUUAUGGGUAACGUUUAGUUUUUCACAUGAGAUAGAAGUAUACAUUAAUAACAAUAAUAACUGGACCAUGAGUACAUCUCGAGUCAGACCCCAGCAGCUGCCGCAGAGCCAGGCUGGAAGGUCGGCGCACAGACUCGACACAAGUGAAGGGAUAGAGAUGGAGAACAUCCAGCAUCAAGACCUGGGUCUCGGUGGAGUCAUAGGCACCCCGUGCCCUCCGUCGCGACAAGCGUGGAGCCGGGAUAACCCGGGUUUUGAACCCGAGGACGAGAUAAUGGAAGCCGACUGGCCUCAAGCGAGUCCUGGGAGAAGGUCGGCGUCCACGGCCUCCGGCAGCAGCUGCAGCAGCAGCGGCCUGGGUAGCUUCAACCGCGGGGGCAGCAGCACCAACAUCCCCCGAGGAGGACUCUACCCAACCCCGACUUUGGAUGGCCAGCAGCAAGACAUGCAUGGUCACCCCAGCUGUCUGAAGCAGAUACUACAGAAAAUCAGAAUUCUGUGGGGCACAGAGUUGAUGGAAGAGAGUGACAGCAGCCGAGAAAAAUACCUCAGGAACAUACUGAGGGAGAUGCUCACAUACGUCGCAUUCCUGGUCACUAUUUGUAUCUUGACCUAUGGGAUGGUGAGUGCAAAUAUGUACCAUUACACCAAAGUCAUGUCUCAGCUUUUCCUGGACACACCGCUGUCUUCUAGGGACCCAUCCACUUUUAGGAGCCUCUCAACCAUGGAGGAUUUCUGGAAGUUCACAGAGGGACCCUUCCUCAAUGGCAUGUACUGGGAGGUGUGGUACAACAACAAAAGCCUGCCAGAGAAUCAGAGUCUUAUCUACUAUGAGAACCUCCUCCUUGGGGUGCCGCGCCUCCGGCAGGUCAAAGUCCGCAAUGAGACCUGCUCUGUUCAUGAAGAUCUGAGGGAUGAGGUCCAGGAAUGCUACAACAUAUACACUCCUACCAAUGAGGACACCACCUCCUUCGGCCCCAAGAAUGGAACUGCGUGGGUGUAUACCCCAGAGAGUGAGAUGAAUAGCAGCAGUUACUCUGGUCAGAUCUCUAAAUAUGGAGGUGGAGGAUACUACCAAGACUUGUCUCGUACCAAAGAGAAGUCAGCCGUUCAGCUGCAGGUCCUCAAAGAUCACUUGUGGCUAGACAGAGGCAGCAGGGCAGUCUUCCUCGACUUCUCUGUCUAUAACGGCAACAUAAACCUUUUCUGCAUUGCCAGGUUGCUGGUGGAGUUCCCUGCUACUGGUGGCGUAGUGACCUCUUGGCAGUUCCAGACUGUGCGUCUGAUACGAUAUGUAUCCAGCUGGGACUACUUUGUGGGCAUGUGUGAAGUGGCCUUCUGCCUAUUCAUUCUCUACUAUGUGGUGGAGGAAGUGUUGGAGAUCCGCAUCCACCGCCUGCAUUACUUCAAGAACCUGUGGAACUGUCUCGAUGUUCUCAUUGUCACGUUGAGCCUCGUUGCUAUUAUCAUGAACAUAACAAGAACAGCCGCGGUUGGAAACCUACUCAAAGACCUAUUAGAGAACCACACUACUCACCCCAGCUUUGAGCCUUUGGCUAACCUGCAGGUUCAGUUUAACAACAUGGCUGCAGUUAUUGUCUUCUUCUCCUGGGUCAAGCUUUUUAAGUUCAUCAACUUCAAUAAGACCAUGAGUCAGCUGUCCAGCACCAUGUCUCGCUGUGCCAAGGACCUUGUGGGUUUUGCCAUCAUGUUCUUCAUCAUUUUCCUGGCAUACGCUCAGCUGGCCUACUUGGUGUUUGGAACUCAAGUCAACGAUUUCAGCACUUUCCAAGCCAGCAUAUUUACUCAGUUCCGUAUUAUUCUGGGAGACUUUAACUUCUCAGAAAUUGAGGAAGCUCAUCCAGUUGUUGGACCUGUCUACUUUAUAACCUUUGUCUUCUUCAUUUUCUUUAUUCUUAUGAACAUGUUCUUGGCUAUUAUCAAUGACACAUACUCUGAGGUGAAGGCUGACAUGUCCCAGCAGAGGUCUGAAAUGGAAAUGAUGGACCUCAUUAAGAAGAGUUGUAACAAAGCUUUGAUGAAACUGAGACUGAAGAAGACAGCGGUGGAUGACAUCUCAGACGGUUUGCGUCAAGCUGGGGAGAAACUGAACUUUGAUGAACUCCGUCAGGAUCUGAAAGGAAAGGGUCACACAGAUGCAGAGAUUCAGGCCAUCUUUGCCAAGUAUGAUCAGGAUGGCGAUCAGGAGCUGACAGAGCACGAACACCAGCAAAUGAGAGAUGACCUGGAGAAAGAGAGAGAGGACUUGGAUCUGGAACGCAAUUCGCUCACUCGACCCAGCAGUGGGCGGAGCUUCCCUCGCACUCAAGAUGACUCAGAGGAGGACGAUGACGAGGAUAGCGGCCACAGCUCUCGACGCCGUGGCAGCAGCUCGGGGGGUGUUUCCUAUGAGGAGUUUCAAGUGCUAGUGAGACGCGUGGACAGGAUGGAGCACUCUAUUGGGAGCAUAGUAUCGAAGAUCGAUUCAGUGAUUGUGAAGCUGGAAGUCAUGGAGAGAGCUAAUCUUAAAAGACGAGAUGUGGUGAGCAGGCUGCUGGAUGGAGUUAUGGAGGAUGAACAUCUGGGGCGGGACACAGACGCCCACAGGGAGCAGAUGGAGAAGCUCGUCAGGGAGGAACUGGAGCGCUGGGAGUCCGAUGAUAUGGUCUCACAGGUCAGCCACCCACAGCCGGCCACUCCUGUUGGCCCACGGCCUCGCCCUUCUUCAUCCCUGUCCACCGACAGCCUUGUCACGGGCACAAAUGUGAGCAGCCAUGUGUGAAGACUUGGCAUGCUGAAGAGUAUUCCAUUCUGGAAAGAAACUUUAUUGGAUCCUGACUUAAGAUGUGGUCCAUUUUUUGCAGCAAGAGGUACUAAAGUUCAUUAAGGUGGGUUUAACUUACUUGACAUAAUACAAAGGAAGUUAAAUGCACCUCCUCUGAUAUAUGUAAAUGCACUGAAAGCGAGUGAGGGUGUCACAUGAAAAGGGUCUUUGCUCAGUGUCAUGUAUUACUUUGACAGAUGACGAAAGGGAACAUAAAACAGAUGAGGUGCUGAGGAAUAAUGAAGGAUUUAAUAAUUACAGCACAUUAUUACACACACGUACCAGCCAGCAAGUAUAUUCCAAAUUCAGCGUAUAAUUUUAAUAUUACACGCUUUUGAUCGCUGUAUCCACACUUCUUAGCAUUUACACAAAAGGCCUUUCUAUGAAUAAUAAUGUUGCUGAUUAUUUUUUCAUCAUUUUUAAUAUACAGUAGGUACAAGCGUGGCACUUCCUGUCACAUUUACUCAUGCUUCCACUCAUUCUUAUCGUUUUAUGAUACAUAUUGUAACUUGAAACAAACUUCGAUUUGGAGUGCAUCAGUGUUCAUGGGAAACCCAUGCAUUUAUUAUUUUUCUUAUUAUUUUUUUUGUUACAAUCUUAUUUCAUUUUUAAUCUGUUGUUCCAAAUAAAGUGUUAAUAAAAUA